UCCGUGAAAGCCCGAAACCCAUUAGAACACAUUGGGAAAUUGUAAACUAAUAUAUAUAUAGAGGUUAGUUAUUUUAUUUCAUAUAGUGUGCUUUUAUAAUUGAACACGUUGUGCCUUGUCCUUAAUGGCACCGCAGAGCUCUUUUGCUCAAAUCCUCUGGCCAGACCCGGGCGCGCAACAGCCAUCAUGAGGAAGAUGAGGAAAAGGCAAAGCGCGCACAUUGGCUGCAGUCACAACCACGGGGAUCUCUGCCGUGUUUGUGGACUAUCCACACUUGGGAAUAUAUUGCUUAAAAUGGGACGGUUCCUAAGUGCUGUCUGAAAAUAAAACACAACUAUGCAGAACAUACGACGAAGUAACCAACGCGUGGACCACUGAGACGGGACAGAGAGAAUCCCGCCAAGGGGUGCGAGGUGCCGAUGUGCCAAAUGUUGCCUCGUUCUGGACCACUGGAUGUGUAUCGCUUGAAUGGAUGUUCACUUUGAUUCUUAUGCAUUCUACUAGGCUUCUGCGGACUUGACCGGAUAGUGCCACUGCUAUUCGCUUUUAUGAAUGACCUGAUUGGCAUUGAAUUGGAUUUAUAUCGUACCCCCCUCCUCCCACGCUAAAAAAGACCUAAAGAUAGACUCUGGAUUUAUUGCCUCCUGUUUCCUCUCGCUCAUACCUGUGGAUGCCCAAACGCAAGCAGAGCGCGCAGUCCCUCCAGUGAUGCAGGAGACCUCUGGGAUAUAUGUGCACAGGGGUACAUGGUGUCUCUCGAAGUACACUGCCAACAUCCUUUACGGUUAGUACAAACUCAACUGUUGAAGCGAAACGAUUUGGAAGGGUUGGAUGGAAACAUUGCUUUUUUUGUGUUCGCAAACGAGCAUUUGACCUCUUCCACCUGGAGCACAGCAGCACGUCGGCUGGAUGCAGGCGCUGCGCUGCUGCUGUGCUUUCCAACGAUCCAUACAUGAGACUUUCCAUGGCGUACUGCUUCCACGAGGAAACGAGGGAACUUUCGUCAGCUGUUUUUGAUGUGCACACGACCGUUGUCUCCGUGACCCAGCAGCUGCGAUGAUAUUCCAGAUGAUAUCACGUUCAGCGCCAGGCAAUGUGAAGACAAUACAUGUGGAGUUCGGAUUAUCUUUUACUGGCAACAAAUGCAUAACCACGCAGAAACGCCUCGGGAUCAUCCAAUCCGAUUAAUGCAGCGGGGGAAACAAUCCCAAGAAGUUAUCAAUGAGCUGGCUUAUAAGGUUGACGAUUGACCCCAUGUAUAUUUUCUUAACAGUUUUGCAACCAAAUGAUGUUUAACUUUCACAGACCGGUUUAACAAAAUGAAAUAAACGAAGCGUAAGGUUUGCAAAGUGACAUGCGGACAGCUGGGGGAACUACUGCCGGAUUUCACGCUAGAAUGUCUGCUGCUGCUGCUGCAGGAUUUAAUGAAAGGGACGGAAUACCGUAGGGAAUACUCAUCAGAGGAGAAAUGGCUGCUACGGUAAGGAAUAUCGAGAUGACCCAGUCUGUGGGAGAGCUGGUGCCGAGACAGCACGCCUCUCCUCCAGUCAGGCUCUCCGUCUAACCCCCAGCCCACCACACACCAUUGCAGCAGAGGGGGAUUGUGAUGGGGUGACUUCCGAGAGCCUCCUGAGUUGCCCCCCCUGUUCUCUGUUUGAAUCGCGGAGUGAGAUAAACGAUGGAUCAUAAUUUCUCAUCCGUGCGAGACGGCGUGUUGCUACCCCCCGAGAGAGACUCCCCCAAGCGUGUUUUGACGGGAUGCUUCCUCUUCCUCCUCAUCCUCACCACGUUGCUGGGCAACACACUCGUGUGCGUCGCCGUCACCAAGUUCCGCCACUUGAGGUCAAAGGUCACCAACUUUUUCGUCAUCUCGCUCGCCAUAUCCGACCUCCUGGUGGCCAUCCUGGUCAUGCCGUGGAAAGCGGCCACGGAGAUCGUGGGCUCCUGGCCCUUCGGCGCGUUCUGCAACGUCUGGGUGGCGUUUGACAUCAUGUGCUCCACGGCGUCCAUACUGAACCUGUGCGUCAUCAGCGUGGAUCGUUACUGGGCCAUCUCCAGCCCCUUCCGCUACGAGCGCAAAAUGACUCCUAAGGUGGCGUGUCUGAUGAUCAGCGUGGCGUGGACCCUCUCCGUCCUCAUUUCCUUCAUCCCCGUGCAGCUCAACUGGCACAAGGCCCAGACCACCGGCUACGGCGCCGACCUCAACGUCACCUUCCCGGUGGACCUGCCGCCGGACAACUGCGACUCCAGCCUGAACCGCACCUACGCCAUCUCCUCGUCCCUCAUCAGCUUCUACAUCCCCGUGGCCAUCAUGAUCGUCACCUACACGCGCAUCUACCGCAUUGCGCAGAAGCAGAUCCGCCGCAUCUCGGCCCUGGAGCGGGCGGCCGAGAGCGCCAAGAACCGCCACGGCAGCAUGGGCAACAGCAACUCCAUGGAGGGUGAGAGCUCCUUCAAGAUGUCCUUCAAGCGGGAGACCAAAGUGCUGAAGACGCUCUCGGUCAUCAUGGGCGUGUUCGUGUGCUGCUGGCUGCCAUUUUUUAUCCUCAACUGCAUGGUGCCCUUCUGCGAGGCGGCGCGGGCCGGCGCCGGCGCUGACGGCGACGACGACUUCCCCUGCAUCAGCUCCACCACCUUCGACGUGUUCGUGUGGUUCGGCUGGGCCAACUCCUCCAUCAACCCCAUCAUCUACGCCUUCAACGCCGACUUCCGCCGGGCCUUCUCCACGCUGCUGGGCUGCCACCGGCUGUGUCCGGGCGGCAACGCCAUCGAGGUCGUCAGCAUCAACAACAACGCCGGCGGCGGCGGUCACCCGCCUCUGUCCAGCACCAACUCCCAGUACCAGCCCAAGAGCCACAUCCCCAAGGAGAGCCACCCCUCGGCCAGCUACCUGAUCCCCCACAGCAUCCUCUGCCAGGAGGAGGAGCCGGACAAGGAGGGCCGGGGGGUCUGUGGCCCCGGGGGCGGGGAGGGGGAGGGGCUGGGGAUGUUGGACAGCAGCGAGGCUGAGACGCGCGCGGCGGACGCUUCAGGGAACUCCGACAGCGACGCGGACGUCUCCCUGGACAAGAUCAAUCCCAUCACGCAGAACGGACAGCAUAAAGGCCUCCCCUGCUGAGCCAGUGCAGGGAGCUGAUGGCUCUUUGUGUGUGCGUGUGUGUGUUUGUGUGUUUGUGUGCGUGUGUGUGUGGGGAUGGAGGCGGGCAAUGUGCACAGAGGCCGUGGGAAAGGGGGUUUCACACAUGGCGACGGUGAUGUCCCCAAGGAGUUAGAUAACGGAGCGGACGUUACAGAACAGGACAUCUUGUUAAAAAUCACUGAGGAACCUUAACAAUUUUUCCAUGGAACCUAACCGAAUGUUUAAAAAAGUGAAGGCACUUUAUUCUGGAUAUAACUAUCUGCAAAAGACAUUCAGCAUUUAUUAUAGUAUUAUACAAUGCAGAUUUGCUGAUCAAAUGUCAUGAUUCGUUUCCAAGAUGCAGGCACAUAAUGUGUCCAUCUGGCAGGAUGUACAGUUUUUUGGUGACACCAAAUCUAUCCUGGAGAGAUUUACAACCAGUAUUUACAACAGAGGGCGGUGUAGUAAUAAUAGCUGUUUGUGUUGUAAGUAGCAGCUUUGUGUCUUUCAUAUUCUCAAACUAAAAGAGAGCCAUCUGGGUGAACUGA